AUGGGAACGCGGCCCGCCCCAAGCGGCCUCGGCGCAGACAAAGGCCGCCCCUCCCUGCGGCGCACGGCCGGUUCCCACGGCCCGCCGCUCCCCUUCCUCCCGGCUUUAGCUGAAGCUCCAUUAACUCCGCAUAAAACCUCAGUCACUUCGCCCAGCCGGGAAAGGUGUCCCCAUCGCGGGGCCCAGAGGAAGCGGGGGGUGCGGGUCAGGGGGCUGACUCUCCAGAGAUGUUCUAUCCGAACCCUGGCCACUUCAAACAGAAGCAGCCGCUCCCGCCCAGAGCUCCAGACAGAGGCUGAAACAGGCCCAGCCCCUUCAGUGACAGCAGCGGGUGCAAACCGCACCUUCCAAGGGCAGAGAGGAAAUGCCCCGAGCGGGGUGGAGGUCGCAGUUCCAGACCCCGCAGUACCUGGGAAAGUCAGAGUGGGCUUCCUGGAAGAGGCCACAGCCGAAGGGGCUACUUCAGAAGCAGGACGGGUACCAGGCCCCAAAGAGGGCCCCGGUGGGGAGAGUUUCCUAAGAGCCCAGCCCUCCAAUCCCACUGGUGCCGCCGCUGUCCCUGGUCCUGAGGGCGGGUCUCCGGGCCCGGCGCGACAGUUGCGCUUCCCCCAGAGUGCGGCCGGGCCCGGCCGUGGAGCCGCCGCUGCAGGAGGCCCCACCAGGCCGGGGAAGCUUUACCAGGAAGCGAACCACACGGCCAAGGUCGGAUGGCCAAACGGGAAGGGAAGUGAGGCCGACCCAGGGUCCAAGGCGCCGCCAUCGGCCCACGACUGA